AUGCCACGACCGACAACGCCAUCGACCAUGGACCGACUCUUGGUCCAAAAGUACGACAAGGAGGACUGUCUCGCGGCUAUCCACGGACAACGGGUGCCUAUGGCCUUGGGCCUACCCCUUGUCCGUCUCUGCGUCGUCCGUGGGAUUCGAUAUCAUCCUGGCUUCGCAGAAGAGUUGUACGGGCUUGACCCGCUUUUCACUCGCGCGCUCAACGCACGAAGGAUCAUGAGCAAUGUCGUGCCAGAUAUCCAGAACCCCAAUGAGGUGCCCUACUGCAUCUGGCAUCCCCAAACUGCUUCCGAGUCGACCUAUCGCCAACUGGUCGCCUGCUAUCCACACAUGAGAUACCAUGUCGGCCGAGCCUGUGCCGUCGCUGGCUACACAAGCCUAUAUCGCGAGCUCGCCAUCCUCCCUGACGCUCACAUCGCCGAAGAGGCGCGAGAGUGUGGAAAUCUGGACAUCUUCGAUCAUGUCAUGGCUGAGCCCGCCCAAUACAACGUCAUGAAUGACUACCUUCGCUUAGUCAACUUGGAAAACCCUGAAAAGACCUGUCUCAAUGGAGACACGGCUGUUUGCUGGUCUCUGGACAGUAAGCAAAAGUUCACGACAGCUGAUCCUUAUAAUGAAGAGGAGCACCUAGGGUUUGGGAGUCAGGGUUACUUCGAAAACGACUUCAACAUCACCGAGGAUAUGAGCAUCGACGACUUUCAAUCUGAUAAGGAGUUUCGCUUCGACGUCACCAGCUUGCUCUCCAUGCCUCUACCACUCCACCUUCCAACAGUAGAGAAAGAUCUGCUCAUCCUUAUGGCCGCAUACUAUGGUGAUAUCGAUCGUUAUGCCCGUCUUCGGAGGCCUGAGAGGAUUCUCAACGAAAUCGAAUGCUGCGUGCACGGAAUUUAUCACAAUACACAGUUCGCGCUCUGGUGGUCCCAACAGCAACCAAGCUCGAAAUACCUAGUCAUGGCCGUAAAUGCCCGUCUCAUCAUGAACAACGUGCUGGCAACCAUCACCCCGGAGACUAGCCCGAUAGACCUGCCAUACCUUAUCUGGUACCCAACGAUCGCAGCGCCAUCUACAUACCUUGAGCUCGCUCGCCGACAGCCUACGAUGGUGCCUCAGAUUCUCCGAUCGUGUAUCGUUGCCAACUACACGGAUCUCUUUGACGUGCUUAUAGCAGAUGCAGUGCCCGACUUGGCUGUUCUAGCUGAGGCCGAAGAGAGCUCUAAUAGACACUAUAAAGCGAGACUGGACCAGCGUGUGUUAGAGCUAGGCAUUGCUCCCUCAAUCGAGUGUUACACAGAAUGGAAGAUGUGGAGUACACGCAAGCUUAUCACUUCAACGACUUCGCUCGAAAAAUGGAUGAGCCCACAAUUGGUGGGCACAAAUUCCCCGUCUCUCUACAACGGCAUCCAGUGUGAUGCUACGUCUGUUGAGUUAAUGUCAUCCCUGCCUAGAGAGUGGAUACCUAUCAAUUCGUCAAAACCUGUCUUCCUUAACUAUACCGAAUGGCCUUUGUAA